AUGGCGAGUGACCCGAAAGAGAGCGCUGCCGGUACACCACCUGAAGAGGCAGGCUUGGAUUUAGAGGAAAGCUCUGAUGCCAAACUUAGUCGUAAGCGAGAAAGAGAAGCUUCCAUAGAGCCAGGGACUCCAGGGGUGCGCGCUUCCGUUUUAAUCGCAUCCAAAUACCGCGCAGUUCACGCGUUCUCGGAACUCUCUUUGCAGGUUGCCUCCACGACAUUUUCAGGUGACCACCGUGAUCGAGGUGCACCGGCGAAGAAGAAAACGAUGUUAGAAAGUACGGCAGAAGAGGACUCGUCUCCUGGAGAUGACGAGUCGCCACGGUUAUCGACCUCGCCACCUGACGGAAGUGGGCUUACCGAUGUUCGGAAGGGGGUGAAGGACCUUACUACAAAAGACGGCGAUGCCUCUCACGCACUUGAGGAAACCGAAGAGGAGAUACUUGAAGUAAGCGGGGAAGACCCUUCGCCUUCCCGCCUCCCUAUCUCCCCAAACGACGCGACCACGUUCCCUUCAAUUGACGCGAUGGCUGGACUGAAAGACCAUGAAACGUUCCCUCCUCCGCCUCCAACCAGAACCCCUUCACCUGUCCCCUCACUCAAGCUCGAAACCGAGGAACCCCCAACCUCUCACAAACGCUCAUCCCCCUCCAGCUCUUCACCCGAAGACAAUGGCGAAUCAGACUCUGUCCCCCUACUCUUAAGCUCAGAGAGCAAACGGAAUUCCCUGCAAGGAGUCAAGAGGAAGUCGAGGGAAUCCAGUACAACAGGUGUUCCCGGGGUGCCAGCACCUGAUCCUAAGCGCCAGAAGGAUGGACCGGAUGAGAGACCUCGAACGCCUGAAGCGCCGAAAUCUCCACGAACGAAAACCAGGUCUUCCCCACCCACGAAGGCAUGCACGGCGUCUUCACCAAAGUCUCCAUCGCCAGGCCUCGUAGGCUCCAUACCUAGGAGCGGCACCGCAUUCGGAUCAUAUGCCAAGCCAACGUCGAUGUUAGGGGCUACUGCGAGCCCGCCAAAAGAGGAUGAGGGAAAAUCAGAGAAGCCCCAUAGCUCCGAGAAGUCUUCAUUCAACGACAUAUUAGCGGAAAAGGGGGUUGAUACAGAGGAGCCGGCUGAGACGAAGCCCGCUAUAGAAGAAGUAGACUUACACACUGGGGAGGAAGAUGAAGAGACACUACAACAGACACGAGCCAAAUUGUACACUAUGGACGCGAGAGAUACAUACAAGGAAAGAGGUACAGGAACCUUGAAGGUCAAUGUUAGAAAAUCGGACGGGCGCGGUGCAAGAAUCAUCAUGCGCGCAGAGGGUGUCUUCCGCCUGUUAUUGAAUGCCAGCUUAUUUGCUGGGAUGCCUUGCGCAAUAGGGCAAGAUCCCAAAUUCAUAAAACUCUCCAUACUUGAAGACGGGAGGUUUGUUCAUCAUGCUAUCAAGGUUGGCAACCCAAAGAUUGCCCAGGAUUUGGUGGACACCAUACUUGCUAACCUUCCCGUGCACGCGACUCUGUCGGAGAAGUCGGAGGAAGACGUUACAGAAGAGGAAGAAGAGUCAACAGUGUAA